UUGUAUGAUUUUAUUCAUACCCAUGCCUUAUUAAAUCACAGUUUAUGAUUCUCUGACAUAUUUCAGGUUUUCCAUAGACGUGGGAACUCCUUAUUACACAUCAGAUUUCAAAUGUGAGUGUGAUUCGAUAAUAUCUAUAUUAAAUGUAACAAAAAAAAGGUAAAUUAAACAAAUUUAUUAUGUGCAUUUUAAUCCACCUUUCUCUACAGCAAAUUGUCAUGAAGACACAAUUCUGAAAGCAUUUUUUAACCCUUGGUUGAAAAAGGUUGUCUAGUAGAGUGUAAUAAAGCUCACAUUCCCAUACAUGUGUCAUUUUUUUUUUUUUAUAUAUAUAUAUAAGAACUAAUAUCAGUUACAGCUUUUCCUGUGAGAGUGCUUUCUUAUUUUUUGCAGUGAUUUUCUUUCUUUUUUUACCUUCAUGUUUGAAUGACUUUUGAUAACAUUAAUUAAAACCUUUUUUAAUUAUUUUUUUGUUGUUGUUGCUGAUUUUGCUUGAUUACAAAAAUAUUUCUUAUUAUGUGGGAAAUGUAUACUAAAGUUCCCAGCAUGUGAUUUACAGCAUUCUUACAAUGAGGCACAUCCUGUGAUAAAUCCUACAUAGUUUAGGUAACAGGUGAUCCAAUCAAAUUAUUCCACUCGAGUAUUACUGAUUGAAAAGACUGUUGAAAUGGUAACACAACAGUAUGGUACCGCACAAAUUAACCAUUAAAGCUAAACGCUACUAAAAAAAAAAAAAUACUGUUAAAAAUGCUGCUAUUCUGCAAUUGCACUGAUUCUGAGUUCCAUUCCUAGAUGUCGCUGUUACUCUUUUCUUACAUUUUGGAUGUUCCCUUGUAAGACUUGCCUUUUAGGUUUUCAUUUGAGAUAACCUAAAAUUAUUCACUUUCAUGAAUUUUAACAGGACUAGAUAGAUAGAUAGAUAGAUAGAUAGAUAGAUAGAUAGAUAGAUAGAUAGAUAGAUAGAUAGAUCCUGUAGAUGUCACAACGAGCCCAGCGUUUAUCCAAAUGAAGUUUACAAAGUUAAGUUGGUAGAAGUCUCACAAAUGAAGUUGUUUGCCAUUGUAGAAGUUGAAACAGUAAUAACCAGAAGUCCAGAUGAUGGCACUGCCAUAGCAAACUUUUUACUUUGGAAAGUGCUCUCGUUGGUCGUGAACUCGAAUAUAAGCCAAUAGAGCGAGCAACGUUGAAAUUAAUCUGACAGGUGUUUGCCCGCCUGGACUUCUCCUUUGACUAAUCACGAAAGGUCUCAUAUAUCAAGUGUCUCUCAUUUCACGGUGAGCUUGCAUUCAUGCCCCAGGUCAACGAUGUUUUAUAUACGACCGCUAGAGGUUGAUGCAAACCCUCGAGAGUGUGGGACGGACUAUGGCUUUCAACACUUUUUCAGGGAUGUAGUCUUCUGUCCGUGCAUGCACAACUUGAGCUAGUUCAUGCACUGCCUCCUGAGGCUGCGCGCUUCUGUUUCCAGGCGCUCGAGUAAAUGCGCAGGUGCUUUGUAAGUCGUUUCUCUCCAUUUCUACAUUGCGUGUUUGAUGUUAAACAAUUCAGUUCAGAAUUCAAUUCAAGUCAAUGACAGUAGUGAAGAUGUUGCACGGCGCAAGCAACAGCUGACCUGAGGCAUCACCUUGAAGUCUGAGAAGAAAUUCAUUCUAGGUUUGAGAGGAAACACGGAAUAAAAAUCUUGAUCAGUAACGAACUUGAACAAACUCUGCUAUUAAUGGUGCACCAUGGUGAGCACCAUCAUCAACCCAGCAGUCGCUUGGUGAAAGCAUCAUCCUGAGAGAUAAAGAUGAGAGCGCCAACAUUCGGACUUCUGUGGAGCUGUCUCGGCUUUCUUCACGGCGUUCAGUGCGGGUUAGGAGACAACCAUGUGCAUUCGAGCUUUAUUUACAGGCGGUUGCGUAACCACGAGCGGCGAGAGAUCCAGAGAGAGAUCCUCUCCAUCCUGGGCUUGCCUCACCGUCCCAGGCCCUUCUCCCCGGGUAAACAGUCGUCUUCUGCACCGCUCUACAUGCUGGACCUGUACAACGCGAUGACGACCGAGGAAGAGGACGCGACACUGGGGAAGAUGCUCUCUGGGAAAGCGCGUAAAGGCGCGUCUGUGGUUCCACACGGAUACUCGAGCGCGCCGCAGCAGCCGUACCGCGCGACACCCUUGACCAGUCAGAGCCCGCCUUUGGCCACCGCGCAAGACACCAACUUUCUCAAUGACGCGGAUAUGGUGAUGAGCUUCGUCAAUCUGGUCGAGCGGGAUAAGGAUUUCUCCCAUCACAGACGACACUACAGGGAGUUUCGUUUCGACCUGACUCAGAUUCCAGAAGAUGAGGCAGUGACCGCCGCCGAGUUCAGGAUUUAUAAGGAUCAAAGUCACGUCAGAUAUGAGAACAUCACACUCAAGGUCACCAUAUACCAAGUCAUCAAAGAAUAUCCAAACAGGGAUGCCGAAACAUUUCUCCUGGACUCCAAAAAGAUCCGUGCUACUGAUGGGGGGUGGCUGGUGUUUGACAUCACGGCCACCAGUAAUCACUGGGUCCUGAACCCGCAGCAGAACAUGGGCCUACAGCUCUGCGUAGAGACCACUGACGGUAGAAGCAUCAACAUGAAAUCUGCUGGCAUCAUUGGAAGGACCGGACCUCAGUCCAAACAACCAUUCCUGGUUGCUUUUUUUAAAGCCAGUGAGGUUCUGCUCCGUUCUGUAAGAGCCACAGGAAGCAAGAGGAAGAGCCACAACAGAAACAAAAGCAAAACACAACAGAAAUCUUCGCCAGCUCUCAAAAGUGGAGAUCAGAACACCAGUGAACAGAGACAAGCCUGCAAGAAGCAUGAACUUUAUGUGAGCUUCCGCGACUUAGGAUGGCAGGACUGGAUUAUUGCUCCAGAGGGCUAUGCAGCCUUUUAUUGUGAUGGAGAAUGUUCAUUUCCACUCAAUGCACACAUGAAUGCGACAAACCAUGCGAUUGUGCAGACCUUGGUCCAUCUAAUGUUUCCUGAUAAUGUGCCAAAGCCUUGCUGUGCACCGACCAAACUAAAUGCCAUAUCGGUGCUGUAUUUUGAUGACAGCUCAAAUGUAAUUCUGAAGAAGUACAGGAAUAUGGUGGUGAGGUCCUGUGGAUGUCAUUAAGGGCAUUGAGGAGCUUCUAUGUCAUAUUGCUGGAAUAACAUAUCAAAAUAAAUAGUUUUUGACAUUUGAUGUACAGUAUUAUGUAUAUAUUAGCUCAUGGUUCCUCUUAUUUAUUUGGCUUUGUUUUGUAAUAACGUUUUUUAAUACGAGAGAUGUAGAUAAGUUACCACUCUUUACCACAGAUCCAUAGCUGAUUGCUUUUUUCUGAGAAUAUGUUAAUGAGUUAGGCCAGUUAGAGAGAGUUUUACAGGAUCAGGUAUAAUUUCCUUUCUUUAGAUUACAUGUCAAGUUCAUGAGCAACCACUCCAAAACAGAACUGCUGCUAUUUAACAAAAGAAAUGUCAAUGCCUUAAACUCUAAAUCACCUAAUUACAUUU